AUGUCCCGUCUCGCUCGCAUAGUCUACAAGGCUUUAGCCUUAGUGUGCGGCAACGCCAUAUCACUUCAUGAUUUAGCAGGAGCAGGCGCGGAAAGGUUGAGCGCUUCCGCGUGCAUCACGCGUUGCCAUGGCACCCGUGUACGGAAUGUCACCAUCCAGGUGCUUGUCGGCGCGACUGCCGCUACCACACGCCACUGCGUUGUGUCUACCAACGUUAUUUUGCAGAGGAAGCGGCUGAUCCGCGAUUUCCGGAAGUUGCAGACGGAUCCUCCUCAUGGCGUCAAUGGCGCACCGGUUGGCAACGACAUAAUGAAGUGGAAUGCGGUGAUAUUCGGGCCGGAAGAUACUCCAUGGGAAGGAGGUACUUUUCAGCUGGAAAUGAUCUUUAGUAACGAGUAUCCAAACCGCCCUCCGCUAGUGAGAUUCUUGUCCAAGCUCUUCCAUCCUAAUGUAUAUAACGAUGGCAAUAUCUGUCUAGAUAUUCUCCAGACGCAGUGGAGUCCAAUCUACGACAUUUCAGCCAUUCUCACGUCAAUCCAGUCACUGCUGAGCGAUCCGAACCCAAGCAGUCCGGCUAACCAGGAAGCCGCGCGGCUCUACGCAGAAAACCGGCGCGAAUACAAUCGACGAGUCCAGCAGUGUGUGAAUGAAUCCUGGGCUGCGGUCCCUAGUGAGGCGACCAGUGAGACGAAACAACCCUCCAUCUCCGCUGCGGCCACCGCAAGUACUACCUCGUCAGUGCCAGACGAGACAACAGCCACACAGGGUGGAAGUGCGGUGACACGUGUGGAGCGCGCCGGCGGCGUUUCCGGUGAGCAAGGUAGUGAGCCUCUGUCAGUUUCAGAAGGCUCUAGCGCAGAUGCCCCGCAGUCGCCGCCCCCGCGCGUCGACACCAUGGAAUGA